AUGUCGGAAGCUGCGCCUGUAGUUUUGCCUGGUCUUGAUGGUUUUUGCAAGAGAGAAGUGGAAAUCAAACAGAGGUUUGAGCAGUGUAGCAUCCACUCGGUUUCAUGUGAAGAUUUCCAGCCUUUUCGAGCGAGAGCGUCUCCUGUGUGGAUAUUUGGAGCCCAUUCUCCAGUCAUAGGAUUUUCCCCCUCUUCAAGCGUGGAAUUUGUGCCUGUUUUCCCACCUGUGUACACGUCGACAGUCCCGCCUCAUGCUGGGAAAAACUGGAUCGAUAAACGGCUGCCAAACUGCAAAAUAUACUUGAAUAAUGCAUUUGCUCUGGAUUCGGCCUGGAUACAUCCCGAGGAGUCGAGGCUCUUCCAGGGAAAUGAGAAGCCUCUGUUAAUGGCAAAUCAAGUGGCCAUGGCUAUAGCCAGGCCAGCUGCUGCCUCCAGGCCUCUUCCCACCGUGGUGCUGGCACCGCAGCUGAUACCAGGUGGUUGCCAGAACAGCCUUAAGCCGGUCGGUGGCAAUCAGGCCCUGGCCUUGGCCACCGCAGCCACCACAGCCAUGGUGGCGGUGGAGCCCGAAGUCCCCCAGGGAGCAUCGGCACCCAGCAUCCAGCCCUGCCACGUCCUCACCUUCUCCCCCAUCAAAAUCCCGGUCUUGGCAUCGCCGUUUCCAGGUUCUGCCCCCAGGAUGGAGGCACACGUGGGCCCGUUGCUGCCAACACAACUCACCCGGGUCACGGCCGUGUCUGCCCCCGCGGUGACGUUCAUGGCCACCAACCUGAUGGAGCAGGCACUACCAGACAGCAGCAAGGAAUCAAGCAGACCCUCCUGCCCGCCCACCUUGAUCCUACAUACGGAGAGGAAGAGCAGCCCCGCGGAGAGCGACGGCGAAAAGGAUCAUCCUUUCAAACUUAUGAAUGAGGAUGGCAGCACAUCCAACGGCAACAAGCCUGUGGCA